UGUUUGAAUUUGUUACAGUAGAACAGUCGUGUAUGUUUGAUCUGUUUGCUUUUUGACAUUGCAGUUCGAAAGUUUUUUUUUUUUUUUUACAUGAAUCGAAGAAGAUUGAAGGAAGAACUGGGAUUGUAGUUUAGUUUAGAGAUGGCUAGUUUUUGACACUCUGUUUUUCUGUGGGGAUUGUGGGUUUCAAAUUUGGAAAGGAGAACUGAUAACAUGGCUUACAGUCUCUGUCUCUGUCUCUGUCAACCCUGCAACUGAUGCUUGGAGACAUGACUAAGGUGGUAUAAAUGGAAGAAGUCCAGCUGCAUGUUCUCCAAGUUUACCAUAUCUUUGAAGGCGAUUAAAAGCAAAACCAUCAAUGGCAAACCAAAAUUUUUCUCAUCAUCCAGCCAUAUGCUACAGACCUAUACAACCUUCUGAUUUGGAGGUAUUAGAGCGAAUCCAUGCUGAGAUAUUUCCUAUCAGGUACGAGUCAGAGUUUUUCCAAAGUGUUGUCCAUGAACGUGAUAUUGUUUCUUGGGCUGCAGUCGACCGCAGCCGACCUAAUGGUCACAGUGAUGAACUUAUUGGUUUUGUUACUGCACGGAUUGCAAUGGCAAAAGAAGCUGGGAUAGGAGAUUUGCUCAGGUAUGACCCCUCAAAACCAGAUCAAACAUUAGUUUAUAUCCUGACGCUUGGAGUAGUAGAAACUUACAGAAAUCUUGGUAUAGCAAGGUCUCUUAUUCGUCAGGUCAUUAAAUAUGCUUCAAGUGUUCCAACAUGCCGGGCAGUCUACCUGCAUGUGAUUUCUUACAAUGUUCCUGCCAUUCAUCUGUACAAAAAAAUGUCCUUCAAGUGUAUAAGAAGGUUGCAAGGUUUUUAUCUAAUCAACGGCCAGCAUUAUGAUUCAUUCUUGUUUGUUUACUAUGUAAAUGGUGGUCGUUCUCCUUGCUCACCAUUAGAGCUUCUUUUAGCUGUGGUGAGUUACGUGACAGGUGGUCUUAAGUCAGUAGCUGCAAGGAUAAGGAAAAAUGAAGAGAAGACAGCAAAAUGGCCCAAAUGUAAAGAUACCCAAUCUCUUAUAUCAAUGCAAACCAAGAGAAACAUCACAACUCAAUGCACUGGUUAUGAAUGUGUGUAAUGUAUGCUCACUUUGUUGUCUGACACACUUGGAUCUGGAAGAAAAAGAGGAAUAAAUUGAUGCAUACGAAAUGUUCUCCCCUUACCUGCACUGUUGGAGUUUCUAUAUAUUAUCUGAUUUCUCCUCUCCCUCUUCA